AUGGUUAUAUUUAAUGGAACAGCAAAAAUUCGAGUUGUUGAGGCUCGGGAAUUAAGGCCUACAGAAUGGUCUAAAAGGUUUCUCUCUCUUCCAAAUAUUUCUAAUUUUUCUCAAAAAAGAUUUACUCAAUCUGAUGACCCAGACAGUCAAUUACUCGAUGCUUAUGUAAAUGUUGAUUGUGAUGAAUACCAUAUAGGGCAAACAGUUACUAGACCAAAAACAAAAAGUCCAAUUUGGAAUGAAGAUUAUCAAACAGAAGUAAGGAGUGGAAAGGAGUUGGGAUUUACAGUAUUUCAUGAUUGUGCUUUACCUCCCGACGAUUUUGUUUCUAAUUGUAGAAUUACUUUCGAUCAUUUAACUUUGAGUGGAAUUAAUGAUAUUUGGGCAGAUUUAGAACCACAUGGACAAUUACAUUUACAAAUUGAAUUACAGGGAAAAGUUACUGAAGAAGAUAAAGAACCCCGUGUUUUCCAAGAACGUUCUGGAGCAUUCAAUGACCGCCAAAGGCGUGGAGCAAUGCGUAGAAAAAUCCACGAAGUUACUGGACACAAAUUUAUGGCUUUAUUUCUUCGACAGCCAACAUUCUGUGCACAUUGUAAAGAAUUUAUUUGGGGGUUAGUAUGGAAACAAGGGUAUCAAUGUCAAAUAUGUACUGUUGUUGUCCACAAACGUUGCCAUUCUGAGGUUGUAUGGAAAUGCCCAGGAAGUAAAACAGAAACUUUUUAUGAAAUACCUCCAGAUGCUGUUGAUCAAGGUCUUGGCCGUUUCAAUAUAAAUAUGCCCCAUCGUUUCCAAAUUCAUUCUUAUAAAAGGCCAACAUUUUGUGACCAUUGUGGUUCUAUGCUUUACGGGGUUAUUAAACAGGGAUUACAAUGUUCUGUUUGUAAAUUAAAUGUACACAAAAGGUGUCAAAGAAACGUAGCUAAUAAUUGUGGAAUUAAUGCUAAACAAAUGGCAAUGGAAUUAGCACAACUUGGUUUAACUGGUGAUAAAAUGUCUGUCAGAAUGAGAAAACCAUUAAGUAUAUCAACAUCAGAAAGUAGUGCCUCAAGUAGUUGCACACAAGAAACAUCAAUAACAACAAUAAAAAACGAUAUAAUUUCCUCUUCAAAUAUAAAUUCUUCUUCUUCAACAUCUUCUUCUCCAAUAUCUUCAAAUUUGCCUUUAACAAAUAUUUCUUCUACACAAAUUAUUUCACAACAAACAACAGUCAUUUCUCCCCAAGAUAAAUUAAAUAUUAAAUCUUCUACUGCUUCUAUUAACGAUUUUACUUUUAUUAAAGUUCUUGGAAAAGGAUCUUUUGGAAAGGCAAAUUAUUUUUUUAAUAAAUUUUUGUAA